AUGUUUGUGUCAGACUUAAGAAAGCCCAGCCCUCCUGUUCGGGUUACAAUCACUCAGGUCAGCAGUGGGUCACUGUCUCUGUGUUGGGACACUCCUGCUGGUGAAGUGGAGAACUACAUUGUGACUUGCAGCAGUGAAGAAGACAGCAGUUGGCAAGAACUGACAACACACACAAACAGCCUGACUGUCAGCAGUCUGAAGCCAGGGGUGUGUUACUCCCUCCAAGUUUCUACACAGCUGAAGAAUGGAAGAAGAAGCAAGCCAACUGUAACAUCUUCCUGCACUAAGACACACAUGGAGAGCUUAUUGGAGGAUCUUGGCUUGGAGCAGCACUACAAAGAGAAGCUUUCCCUGACCACAGUACUUCAGAUUGAUGAGAAGACCAUUAACGAUGAAUCUUCCAAGUGUAAUUCAGACCUUCCAUGGUAUUUUUUGAAGAAACUGAUGAUGGUUAAUGUAACAGCUAGGAAUGUGAAAUGUACAUCAGUAUGUGACUUAAACUGUGAUGCUGCAUCAGGGAAUAGAGGGUUAGAUCUUGACAGUCUGGUCAACUGCCCAAAUUCAGGUGACAUGCUAAACCCUCUGGAUGUAAUCACUGCUCUCUUUCUGUGUUCUGAUGGUUUUGUACAGCAAGAGAUGGCACUCAAAAUGUCUAUGUGUCAGUUUUCUGUGCCUCUGCUGCUUCCCAACUGUGACACAAAGCAGUGCACACUCAUGCUGUGGGCCAUGAGAGACAUUGUUAAAAAGUACAGACCUGGGUCACUGUCAGAAUCCAAGGGCUUCAUUGAAGACAGAAUUGUUCUCUCAGAUCUUCCAAUGAUAUCUUUUGUGAGAUUAGGUGAAUGCUCCUUGUCCAAGUCAGAGAUUCUCAAUAAGCUUCUGAGCAAUUCUCAGCAGUACCAUGACACCUUUGUUCACCAUGAUAUGGAGUGUGGAGACAGUCCAAGGAGAAUAUCCAAUGGAUUGGUUGAAAUGACUUGGUACCUUCCUUGUGGAAACAAAAACAUGGAUCUUUUCAGUGAGCCAGUCGCUGUAGCUAACCUUCGUGGGGACAUUGCUUCAUUUGAAGCACAAUACUCUUUUUUGUGUCAGACAUCGACAGCAGUUUUUGUGUUCUUUGAUGAUUUAGACUCUGAGUGCAGGCUACUGACCAACCAACAUCAGAAGGCGCAGAUCUUCUUGGUGGGGAACUGUGAAAGCAAGCGGUUCGGUUUAGAUGCACUGAAAAAGGUAGCAACCAAUUUGGGCUUGACCAACAGCAACCUUAUUUUGAAGAUUAAACAGAUGAACGAUGCAGACUUCAUCAAAAAUGUGAGGAAUACAGUCAGAGAUGUUGUUGAGAACCCAAAGAUGAAGAUGCCAAUAGAGCAGAUGGCUGAUGUUGCCCAUGAACUGGGAAUCUUGGUUGAUGAAGACUCUCCAGAGUGCCAGACUGCCAAGAAAAAUGCAGAUGUCAUCACUGCGGAAAUUCAAGACACCCUGGCAUACAAAGAAGCUCAGCUUCCAUUGCAAGGCCAAAUAUGGAAAGAUUUGACUCGCUUAGAGAAGGAAGAAUUUCGGCUUCGAAAAAUUGGGUCUAAAAGCGUUGAAGACUACAGAUGUGAUCUUCAGGAGAGGAAAAAUAAACUUCGAAAAAAACAGAACUCUUACAAAAUGUCAAAUGCUAUGACGUGCUUUAUCACAGCAAUAUCAAGCCCUGGGAUAGAGAGGUGCUAUUUCCUGAAAUGGAUGAGAAUUAACCUCGAUAACCUGUCUCGAGAAAAACUGUCUGGUCUCAGGGAACAGUACAAAAAGAAAUGCGAAAAUUCUGAAAACAAAGAGGAGAUUAAAGACAUUGACAGACAACUUUCCAACAGCUCACUGGGGACUGAACACUUCUUCCGUGAAAUGGGUCAAAUCUAUGAAGCUUCCAUUUCCUGCCAAAAAUUACGUCAACAAUCACGUCAUAAAUCAUGCCCAAAAUUAUGUCAACAAGUACAGCAUCUUCCAAAACUCUGUGCAGGCUUGUUGCUUGAUGGAUUUCCUCUUGAGCUUGUUGACGGAGAUGCAUCCAACAUACCUCUCAGAUGGGUGAGUGACGUUCUCUCUCAGCUCAAUGACUUGGUGUCUCCUAAGAGCAAGAUAUUGGUGGUCACAGUACUUGGAGUUCAGAGCACAGGAAAGUCCACUCUCCUUAACACCAUGUUUGGAGUGCAGUUUGCCGUCAGCAGUGGUCGAUGCACUCGAGGUGCCUUUAUGUUGCUCAUCAGAGUCAAUGAAGAUGUGAAAAAAGUACUCAACUGUGACUUCAUGCUGAUCAUUGACACUGAGGGUUUAAAGUCACCAGAACUUGCACAUCUGGAUGAAAGCCAUGAGCAUGACAAUGAGCUUGCAACACUCGUUGUGGGGCUGAGUGAUAUCACCAUUAUCAAUAUUGCCAUGGAGAAUUCAACAGAAAUGAAGGACAUCUUACAAAUAGUUGUGCAUGCUUUUCUCAGGAUGAAAGAGGUUGGCAAAAAGCCCAAAUGUCAGUUUGUUCACCAGAACGUGUCAGAUGUUUCAGCCCAUGACAAGAACUUACGAGACAGGAAACUGCUCUUGCAGCAGUUAAAUGAGAUGACCCAGGCAGCAGCCAAAAUGGAGAAGAAAGAGGAGAACAAGUGCUUCACUGAUGUGAUGGAGUACAGUCCAGACACCGGGAAUUGGUACAUUCCUGGACUCUGGAAUGGAAACCCACCAAUGGCACCAGUCAAUGCAGGGUACAGUGAAGCUGUAUAUGAGCUCAAGAAGAAUAUUAUCCAAAUGUUGGGAAAUUGUGACUCAUCUGCAAACAAUAUCUCUGAGUUCACAGAGUGGAUAUCAAGCCUGUGGAAUGCAGUGAAGCAUGAAAACUUCAUCUUCAGCUUCAGAAACAGCCUGGUGGCCGAUGCCUACAUGAGGCUUUGCACAGAAUUCAACAAAUGGGAAUGGGAAUUCAAAAAAGCCAUGUACACCUGGGUCACAGACGCUGAAACCAAAAUUUCCAAUUUUCGUACAGUUUCUGAGAAAUCUGAGAAAAAUGACAUGGGAGAACUUGUCAUGUGCUUGAAAAGUGAAGCUUCCAUACUGCUGUCUGAAUGGGAGACAAAGCUUCUUGAACAUCUUACACAGUACUUCAAGCAAACUGAGGGUCAUGUCUAUCUGGUAGAAGGAUACAAAGAGGAAUUUGCAAAUAGUUCAAAGAGCCUUCGAAAAGAAAUGGAGAGGUCCGUGACUAAUCAGCUGGAAGCAGCAGCUGACAUCAGACAGGGAAUGGUAAAGCUUGACAAAAUAAAGGAGAAUCACACAAAAGAAUUGGAGGUAAGAGUGUGUGCAUUAAUUGAGAAAUGUCGCCAAAAAAAAGUCAAGAUGACAGACAAAGAACUGGAGAAAGAAUUUGAUAAGAUGUGGACUAAAACUUUGAAGGAACUAUUGUUCUCUAAACAAAAGGCUACAAAUGUCUUCACCAGUGUGUCUCAUUCCCUGAGAGCAAAUGUUUCACCUAAGGGGAGUCGUGCAUGCCAGCUAUUAAGCCUUAAAAACCUGCAAGAUUGUGGACUGGAGCCGUUCAAAUAUACAGCUGAAGGAUUCAUUAACCAAUGUAAAGAUUUCUUCACCGCUCAACGUCACACAGCAGAUGUACAAAAAAUGGCUGACAGCAUCAUAGCUGCUUGCUCACAGUUUGUAAGUGAGAAAGUAGAAAGAGUAAAAAAAAGUAAUUACCAUGACACUUACAUCCAGGAGAUCCUACGCAUGAUUGAUGAGAGGCUGCAACACAAUCAAAAUCUGAAGACAGGUAUUGAGUUUGAAGUUUCCCUAAAACAGCACAUCUGUGGAUUUGCAGCCAGGGAGUUUCAGAAAAUGCAUGAAGAUUUCAUAGAAGAGAAUGAUCCUUACAGAUGUCUGCAUCAAAACAAGAGAAAGUUUUGUGCAGAUUUCAAAGAUGUGUUCCAUGAACGAGAUCAGUGCCAGAAGAAGGCAGAAGAAUUCACCAACAAAUGCUUGAAGCCUGCAGUCGAAGACUUUGUCAACCGCUCCUUGGGUCCUGACAUCAUUGGUGAAAUGUUGACAUGCCCACAGUUCAGCACACGAAUGUUCUUCCAGCAUUCAAUUUUACUAGAUUUGCUCUCCAAGGAUGACUAUGAAAAGUAUCUGAGCUACAUUUGCUCAUAUGAGGAUUAUGUUAAGAAAUUGAUACUUGAUCAAAUAAUGGAACAUUUCUCCAACCCGUCUAAAGCGAUUGAGUUUGAGGAUCGACACAUUCACUCAAGUAUCAACAGCAUAAACAAUGCCAUCAACAAGGCCAAAACAGGAAAGAGUGGCAACUUGAAGACAUUUGUUGAAGAUAUCUGCAAAGAACUUGGUGAUAAACUGGUUAUUUCCCAGGAUGCUCUUGGUGCUUUCAUGAUCCUGAACAAUGCAGACCAGGAACAGUUUGCCAACUGGCUCACACAGUGCAUGGAAGACAUGGCUCAAGCUCUUAAAGAGAAGUUUAAAAAAUCAAACACUGAAAUUAAACUAAAAAAUCUUAAUGUGAAGCCUCAGAAUGAGCUUUUCAACAGACUGAUUGGAUGCGGUAAACAGUGUCCAUUCUGCAAAGCGCCUUGUGAAGCAGGAGCAAAUCAACAUACUGAGCACUUUACUUCAAUGCAUCGGUCACAGGGUCUGGGUAAAUACAGGUCUCUGUGGUCACAGAAACUUGUCACUGACAUAUGUUCUUCUCUUGUGAUCAGUGACCAGAAAUUUUCCUGUGAAACCACAAAUGGUUCUUUUCACCCUUACAAGGAUUACAAAGAAAUCUUCAAAGACUGGAAAAUUGCUCCAGAUGUAAGCCUUGAGGCCUCAGACUACUGGAAAUAUGUAAUGACAAAAUUCAACAAUGAGUUUGCUAAAGAAUACAAGGCAAAGCCUGCUGUUAUUCCUACAUCUUGGAACAAUAUCACAGACAAGGAAGCAGAAGCUAGCCUGAAUGUGUCAUUUAACAUGAAGUGAGAUACAAGUAACAUUUCCUCCUCAUGUGAUUUGACAUGACAGAGGUGCACACCCUCCUCUUUUUGUUCAUCAUCCUCUCAUGAAUAUUUUGAUUUGUUUGUUUGUUUGUUAUUAGUAACAUAUUUUUGAGAAAACCACUGCAUGUAGCGCUCAUCUAUACAUUAGAAUGCAUUUAAAGAUGUUAAUUAAUACAAAUAAUCAGUUUUAUCUGCUAAUGAUGUUGAUGUUGAUGAAGACACCUUUAAAUACUUUGAUUCAGUAUAAAUGCAAGGAGCAUAUGUUUCAAACUUUACAAUCAUUAAAUCUAAGCUUGCAUUGAAUGAAUUUGUGUGACUAAUAUUUUUCUUUACUGAAUGUAGAAUGUGUGUUUCUAUGAAGUAUCUGGUGUCUAUUUACUACUGAAUUAAAAGAUAAUGUAGUCUAUAUUUCAAAAUU